UACGAGCGGCUCAUGAACGCAUCGGUGAGGCGACAUCUAGCGGUCAGAGGAGGGAACAGCGAGCAGCCUCCAGGCGGUGAUAUCCAGCGUUGGUGGUGCAGCAGAUCAGAGGCUGGGACUCACCCGCAGCUCUGCCCGCACACGCACAGUCUGUCUGUCCGCCUGUCCCCCCCCUCCCUCCACUUUUUGUCCGUCUGUACGGACACCAGAGACACUUGUCCCGCACACAGGCAGGACAUGAGGCGGCCAUGAGAGCGGCGUUUCCCUGACGGCCUCCAUUCACAUCCAGAGAGCAUCUGCAGCUGAAAUCAGAGCGGAGGAGGGGGAACACUGCAGCAGACAUGCCGGGCCUGCUCCAUAUCACACUGACUGCUCUUCUGGCCAGCUGUGAUGCCUUCAGGCUGGGUUCGUCCCAGCAUGUCAUACCUCUCGGUGCCCCGGUGGCCGGCGUCUACCAGAAUGAAGGCCCAGCCCAGCCACGGUUCGUCCAGGAAUUAGUCAGAACCAAACGCCACUCUGUCCACGAGCUGGUGAGAGCCCAGCCUCACUUGGUUCAUGACAUGGGUUGGCCAGAGAUACAUGAAACAACCCGUUCACAGGCCAAGGCGGAGGCCGUCAACUCCUCUCAGCUGAGCGCGCCUCCGUCCACCCAUCAGGGUGCAGCCAGGACUCAUGUGGCAGUGGAUGAAAGCCUGGAUGUGGAGGACGAGAUGGAGCGUAUGGUCCAUCUGGCGGUUCCCCAGGACGCCGAGGGCUACAGGGGACAUCCGGACCCAGAGACGGAGCUCCUCGGGGGUCCAGGAGCUGGCGACGCCUCCCAGGAGUCCUCUGGCUUCUACGGGACGGACACAGAGGACAGAGACAGGGGAGAAGAGGGAGGAGAGGACAGGGAGAGGAGAGGGGGCGAGGAGGAGUGGGAGAGAGACACAGGGGAAGACAGAGAGAGGAGAGGGGGAGACGCCGCGGAGGAGAAUGACGAGAGGGGAGGAGGGGCCGAUGACCGAGAUGUAAUAGAUGCAUUAGAGGUCAACCACACCACACCCGAUCUGGAUGCUCUGAUCGGCUACAGCCCGUCGUUACAAGCCUCCAGCUCAGAGGAGCCCGGCGUCUCCAUCCCGGCUCAGGUGCACGACUCCGGGCUUCAGGAGCAUCGUGCCUCCCCCGUCCUGGAGGUGAGUCCUUCAGAAAAAGAGAUGUGGGAGGCAGAGGGGGAGGAAGACGCCCAGUCCAGCGGCUACGGAAUCCUUCGCUCCCCCGUCCCCACAGCUGGUCCCUCGUCCUCCGCCGCUUCCUCCGCCCCGGCAACCGGUGGAGACGCCGAAGGAACCGCCACUCCUGAGACCGACACGGGCACAGACUUUGGGCUGCUGGGAAGUUACACGAAAGAUUUGCCUGAGGAUGACGAGAGGGAGAGGAAGGAGAAAGAGGAGGAAACAGAUCUGACGCACAUGAACGCAUUCACCCAGAAUCCCACUGUGGCGGAGGUUGGCUUGGCUCCCAGCAGGGAGCCUCUGCAGCCCAGUGUGGAGGAAGAGCACGAGCUGAAAGGAUUCAGACUGAAAGACAGAAGCGAGGAUGCGGACGAGAAGGAACGCAGAAAGGCGGCGAGGGAGGAAACCAGAGCCCGGCACGUCAACCCGCUCGGCGCGGAUCCUUCCCCGACGGUCGGCGUCCCCGAGUCGUCCUGGGAUUGGCUGGAAAGGACCACGCCCCUGCAGACCGGGAGGUCAGAGGUCAAGGGGGGUGGGGUCACAGAGGUCCUCCCGCCCUACAGUGACUCCAUGCUGGAGGAGGUGCGCCAGGUAGUGUGCGUAGACUGGAGUGAGCUGACCGGACGAGGAUACGUCAUCCUGAACAUGACGCAAAACCUGAAAUGCGAGGAGUUUCGGGCAGACCAAGGCGUACGUUUGUUGAAGAUCAUGGAGCGAGUGUUUGCUCGUAGGAUGAACAGCCCUGAAGGAUCAUGGGUAAUCUACCUCAGCAAGCCGACACACCAGCAACACCAGCUGCUGAUGAACGUGGCAUCUGAGCACGGAGUGAUAGCUACCAAGGACGUGCUGGAGAUGCUGGGACAGAUCAGGAAAAGUCUCAAUAGGGUGGGCAUCCAGAACUACAGCGCCGCCAGCACCUGUCAGUCUCGGCCCAGCCAGACGCGCAGCGACUACGGCAAACUCUUUGUGGUUCUCGUGAUCAUCGGCUCCGUCUGCAUGGUCAUCAUCACGUCCGGGUUCAUUUACAUCUGCUGGCAGAGGCGGCUGCCCGGGACUAAGACAGCGUUUCGCGCCGAGGAACUCCACUUUGUGGAGAAUGGUUACCACGACAACCCCACGCUGGACGUGACCAACGACCCCCACCCUGAGAUGCGAGAGAAAAAGCCGAGCGCCAACGGGCUGGCGGGAAGUGGAGGAGGAGGAGGAGGAGGAGGAGGAGGAGGAGGAGGGGGAGAAGGAGGCGGGGGGGAGGAGGGCAGCCGCUGGCAGGUGUUCGUCAAUCAGGCGGCGACUGAGGAGGAAGAAGAGGAGCAGGACACGCACCUCUGAUUGACCAAGAUGAAGAGGACGUGUCUUUAUGUAGACAGACUGUGGACGAGAGGACUGUGGUGGAAGAAGAGAAAGGAAAGGAAGAAUACAAAACGUAUUUGAGAGGAGGGAGAGAAUAAGGCAUGAAGUCUGAGUGACAGAUGUCACAAAUCUGAGUUAAGGAAGGACUGAGGCUGGGAGGGGGGGGGGGCAAUACCAGAGGAGUCACUGACGCCAUCUUGGAGAUUAGAAAUUGGGGGUUUACAUAAGAAAAUCUAUUCCUGGGCCAAACCUGAAUUCAGCUAAAGGUAGGAAUCUUCCCGGGUGUUAUCAAAGACGUCAAAAUACUUGAGAAUCCAUGUUCGGUCAUAAGUGAUGUGAUAACACCAUGAACCAUGAACCACUCCUGUUUCGUGUGCCUUACGCUUUUAGCUCUUUGUACCGUGGCUGCACAAGACAAUUUAAACUUAAGCUAGUGACAAAUCAUGAGCUAUUCCACCUUAAAUGUUUGAGGGUACGUUAACAUUUAAUUUAAUUCCAAGAAGACAUUGUGUACUUUGAUCGCAGUCGAAUUUCACAAAGUACGUUUAGUUAUUUUCUGCUAAAUUAUAAAUUGUCUAUUUGACUACAUUUCAUAAAGACACACUGUACUCUUUACUCAGUCAGAUCAGUAUUUUACAUGUUGACAGUAUGUAAAGUAGUCAGAAUUAGCUGCACAUACAGUACAGAGGUAAAAUUACAGUGAUAAUAAUCCAGAAAUAUGUAUUAUUUAAAAAAAAAAGUUACUUUUAGUGCUUUAAGGUGAUAUUGUGAAUGUAAAAUUAGGAAUGGGAGUAUUUUUACAAGGUGCCAUCAUGUAUCAGUAAUUAUCCUAAUAAUAUCCUAAUGUCUGACCACAGUGGCGGCAGUGACUCCUCUUAGCUACUCCUCCAAACUACUGAUGCGAAGGUUAAAGCCUGUUGCGACUUUGAAAGUAAGGUUUUGGCACUUUAUCGAUUCCUCUUGGAAAUAGUGACUAUCAUCAUUAAAAUGCUGCAUCCUGUUAAAUGUAUCACAUACAGUGACUGAAAUAUCUCUAUUUUGCUUAUAGGAAUGGUCGUAACCGCUGAGGAUGUUUACUCAUGUGAUUGCUAUACUUACGUGCUCUUAUAGCCUAAUAUGCUUUCUUUUCCAAUAGUGCUGGAAUGGCUGCCGUGCGCUCCGUGGCUAAUUCUUGAGGCUGUGACACUUAUGGGCAACAUUUAGAAGUCAAAAGCAUGAAAAUAUACAAAGGUGAAGUGUUGAAGUUUAAAUUCUGAGUCGCUGUUGUAGUGGUCUGUGGUCACGUCUGGGUCAUUCAAGACUCAAAUCAAAACGUUCAAAUCUGGAGUUACGCCCCGUGCACCACGAUCAUGACCAAUUCACGUUCCGAGUCACAGCAGCUGAGUGGAACCGAUCACUACAGUCACGUUAUUUUAGUCUCCGGUCGUUUGAGUCACACAUGUCAUUUCCAGAGCCACUGUUGUCACGUUCAAGUGACUCACGUGUCAGUACGGUAAAUAACACUUAAAUGUCUGAUUCAACACGCUCACGUUAAGUUCAUACACUGUGUGCACAGUUAUUAGGUGCAUUGUAUAUUUGAGGAUUCAUUUUAUUAUUAAACAAAACAACUACAACGCUGCGGCUCAAUCCAAAAUGUUUCAAUUAACCUCAAACAUGAAUAUUUAAGAAAGUAAAAGUUUUGGCUAUGGCAGACUUUUUGCGGCUUCUCAAAUCUUUGGCAGUUAAUUUGCUUCUUCUUCUUCUUCUUCUUUUUUUUCUUGUGACCUUGUUGACUAUUUGCACAGAAGCAUUUAAUGGUUCUAUAGUCACGUCUCAGUAUCUUGGUAAUUUCAAGAGUGCCGUGUCCCUCUGCUGUGAAAAACUAUUUAAAAUGUUUGACUUUUCAGAGUCAAGAGUUAAAUCUGUUUUUUUUUGUAAUUUUUUUUUUUUUUUGGCAGACUUUGCCUUCGGAUAUGAAGCUGCUAAUAAUUAUAGACACCUUCAUAUAAGGGGUGGAUCUCGCCACACCCUCCCUGAUUAGACAAAUAGACCUGAUAUGCUUAAUACAUUUACACAGCUUGGAGUGGGCAAAUAUACAUACCAAAUAUAUUUACUAUAUACAGUACAUAUAUAUAUAUUAGCAGAAUACUGUCUUGUCUAAUAAUUGUGCACACAGUGUAUGUUCAUGUUCUCGGUCAUUGAGAUCCUGUCACCAUGUUCAUUUCUGCAGACGAUGGUGAUGUCGUUAUGGUCACACAAUUUGUAGACAACAAUAUGUCAUAAAAGUUUGAUUCCGAGACACUAAGGUAAUUUAAGUGUCACUAAAGUCAUAUCCGUGUCACUGUGGUCUUUUUCUGACCUUCACAGAUCAUGUCUGGCUGUCCGAUGUCCAGGUGAACUCACAGGUUCUAAAUAUUAAAGAUAUUUUUGCUCACUGACUCAAGUUGCUGCAGGAAUGGAGGCAGACAAUCACUAUUGCUAUUGAUAUUGAGCACCGAUUUUUUUUUAUUUUUUUUUUUUCUGUUUUGUUGUAUUGGGAUGAUGUCGACGCCGCAUUGUCAGCCUCCAUUCCCGCCGCAGGUAGUACCGCCCGUCUGUGUUUCAUCAAGAUGUAGCCUGCGUUUUAGCUCUUUUCUUCUGACUUUUCUCGAUGUAACAAUAACUGUGUAUGGCUUCACUAUAAUCUCCGCUGAUUGAUAUGUACUUUGUCAGCUAAGCAGGAUGUGCCGAGUGUUCAGGAGACACUGGGACACGGGGGGAUCUACGGAAAAUGCUUUAAAUGACCGCCUACAGAGUAAAUGAUCUGUUCCUAAGAGCACAAGAUUCAGAGACAGUCUGCAGAGAGACAGCAUCGAUGAGCAUGUAGCUUUCAGCACUGCAGUAAGCACAGAUAUAACAAAACUUACAGCUGAUGUUGCUUUUAUUUCAUGAAUGAGAUACUUUGCUGGAGAAAAAUUGUGUUGCGUUUUUGUGCUUAAACUGAACUGAAAUCGUUUAAAUUAUUAUUUCACACAGGUUUUUCUUUUUCAGAAUCUGAAGCUCGUGGAUCUUUGCAUUUGUUAGCAGCAGUGCUAAUGCAAGUCAAUGGGUAUUCAGGUGUAGCAAAAAAACUAAUGACCCUUUGUUUGUACAAAGAAAACAGGUUAAGAUUUUUCGUAGAGUUUUUAACUUUUAAAUAUUUGGUUGGUUUCAUAUUCUUAUAUUUUGGGGGGGUAUAUUGCCUCUCUUACGUUACAGAUCUUUUUUGUGUCUGCAUUUUGAUCACAUCUUGCUUUUUGGUUGUCAGUGUAAUACGUUAAGUGUGAAAAAUAAAGUUUGAAGAAAACGUG